CUCCCGGGUUGCCUAUGGCACAGGUGAAGUGUUGCAGCUACUGCCAGCUGAUGGGCCAUGUUUUGAGAAGAUGCUAAGGGGUUUCCCUGGGCUGCCCCAGCAGAGGGUAAUUGCAGACAGCUGAAUGUGGCCAAAGGUUUAUAAGCACUCAAGGAACCCCCAGCUCCUUGCCAUUUCUUGUUUCCUAUGUUGUGUCUUGGAGUCUGGAGCAAUGAAGACCUCUGUGCUCUUAGCAAUAACUGCAAUGUGCUCUGAUGAUUGGUUGUUAGUCAGAAUGAAAAUAAGGCCUUUUGAUAACAACACAGAAAUUAGAAUUGGCGACAUACACCUGAGAGAUAACUGUCCUGUAACAAGACUGUUGUCAUUUAACUACGAGUUUUCUUAUCCUAUCACUUCUUGUGGGAUCAAGAAAAUUAUGUUCCAAACAAAUGAUGACGCCAUAUUAUCAGAGAUCAGUUACAAACCAAGGUUGCAUACUACCUAUGAAUUUCCAGUGGUUUGCUUUGUGAAGAGGCUUAAAUUCCCCUCUGUGAUGCAUUUUGGAAUGAGUGGGUUUGAUGCCCACACCUUGAAAGAAAUCCCUCAAAAAACAAAAGGACAAGAGUCACCAACUCCCACACAAAGUAAAACAUGGACACUUAAUUUUAACAGUGUUAAUAAGGAGCAACUAUCCAAGAAGUCACUGUAUCAAUAAUGCCUGUGUUAUAACACCCUCUCCUCCCUAAAGCAAGGGAACAAGUGAUACAUCUUGUCUGAAAACCAGUUUCAUCAAUACUGUUGAUGUGUCUGCACAAAGAUGAGUAGCAACAUCUGUUACCAGUUUCACUACAUUUUGGAGUUUUGAAUAACAUAUCUAUACCAUGAUAUUCACACUUUUUAAUGAGUUAAUUUUAAGUGAAAUUGCCAUUCUAACUCUGAAAUCAAGCUCAUACAUAAUAAAGCUUGCCCAUACCCA